AGUCUAUUCAACAGCCUAAACCUCGGCAAUAGCGUCAAUCUAAUGAACAGUUCAUUUGCGUCCACUUCCAAUGGUCACCUGCUACGCCAGAGGGGCUCUACGAUGCCUCAGACAAACUUCUUCAUCAAUGAAACGCCUGAAUUUGGACAGUGCUCAGAUGAUGAUGAGGACGAUGACGAGGAGGAUGACGAAGAUGAGGAAAUGGACGAAGGCGAGGAGGACAUUGACUUGGACCCAGACAUGGCCUACCUGGCUGGACUGCAGUCCAUCGACACUGACCUGACACGAUUCAUUGGCGGCCCAGCAGGGACUGGCACCUCCACACCACUGCUGCUCAAUGACGCUAUGCUAGGCUCGGCCAUGUGGCCAAGCACUGGCACACAGCAUACGAUGGGCAAACCAGUGACCACAACAGUCUCUGCCGGUCAACUGCAGCAACAGCAACAGCAGCAAGCACAACAACAGCAGUGCACCGGCAGUUCUGCAGGUUACGUCUCCGACCGGACCAAGUUGAACUUGAACUUAAAACUGCAGCAGAAGCAGCAGCAGAUGCAACAGCGAGGCCAACCACCAGCCACCUCAAUACGAUCGGCUAAUUCUCAAUCAGCAUCUCAGCAGAAACCUAGUCAGGCAUUCAAUGCCAAUUUUCAGGGACCUAAACAGACGACCACGGGCAAAGCAGCAAACCAUCCUAAAGCAAUCACUACUCCUUUGAUGAAAAAUGUAAACUCAAAAAGACUCACUUCUAGUUCGAAAUCAUCUGGAAAGUCUACCGCCGCCAGUACUUCCAACUUGAACUCCAACUGUUCUCCUUUAGUGCUCAAUGCUUCAACUGGUAUCUCCUCAAUGAACUCAGCCAACAGUUCCUUUGUCAAUUUUGAUCCAGCUUCCUUUCUCGAUUCAUGUUUCAACACUGGUAAUGUCAGUCCCGAAUCGACGUCACUGCUCGAUGGCCACUCAUCACUCGAUCAGAUGCUGAUGAACAACAGUGAGCUCUUGUUGCUAAACCAGCCCAAUUCUGCUCUUGGUCAGACAAUGACCACUGAGCAGCUGAUGAUGAUGAUUGGCUCACAGACGCCAAUCAGUCAUGGUGGACAGUACAGUGCGCCGACUAGCAAAGCUGUCUCCAGUGGGUCUAAUUCGGGGGGAUCAUCCAGGUCAACUUCAAAGAACAGCAACAACCGCCAGCCUGUUUCUAGUCAGAUUUUCGCCGGCACCCGCACGCCGACAUCAAUAAUGCACCAGACAAAUUCCUCCUCAUUUUCCUCCAAUUCAGGCAAACAUUCAAACGCCGGCUCAGUGCAAUUACACUUUAGUAGUACCCACGCCGGCAACGGCAGUUGCAGCAGCAACAACAGCAAUAGUGCUUCACUCUGCCCAAUGACAACUUCGACAGUGUCCACUUUGAGCAAUCACAAACAGGCACAAUCAGUGGCGCAAUCGAAGGCAGCCAAUCUGAACGCCAUCAUCAACAAUCUUGCCUCUGCGAACAACGGUGCUGCUUCCGUUGGCGCCGGCGCCGGCAACCAAAACAGCGGCGGUGGCAGUCUCGAUGGCAGCAGCAGCACUCAGCAGCAUGCCGCUCAGCAGCUUUUUUCAGGUUCGGCGGGGAACUUCAUCUUCUGCACAAACACGCCCACCUCAUCCACAAUUGCUUUUCCACCAUCAGCAGCUGCUGCUUCCCAGCUGGACCAACGUCACUCGGUGACUUCGCUUGCCAACAGCGUCGUCUCCACGAGCACUGCUUCAACGCAACUCUUCUCCUUUCCGCCUGGCAUCAGCGCAGGCGGCGUCGGCCACUCUGGCGAGGGCCCUCCGACAACACUGCUGCUACCUGCAAACCUGCACACUGCUUCCGGACAGCUAAGUAUUCAGCAGCCAGUGGCCAGUGGAGCAGCCUCAGCAGGGGGACAGCACGCUCAGCAGCUCAUCUACAAUGCCUUUAGUCGCUUCAUCUACCCAUCAUCGGCCACGAAUGCCAACCAGGGCCAACAGUUUAACGUUAACAGGUCAGUGGAAACAAACAGUUCGGGGCCAUUGGCUGGUGUUGUUGGCGGUGAUUCCACGCAAACGAUCUCCACGCUGAUCAGCCAUGAUGGUCAACUGUACCAGCUCAAUGUGGCAAACAACUCUGCCAGUCCUAUUGCUCAGGUAAACCGCCCUUGUCAGUUGUAUUUGAACUACAUGGCAACUAAAAAAUUAACUGUACCUUUUACUAAGCAGAUCGUAACUCCGAACCUGCCGUUGGAAUGUUCUUCCUCUUCCCGCCUUCGCAUCAAAGCUGAAUGUCACUCGGAUGGGAGCAGCACCACCAACUCUAGCAUAUCGCUGCUGCAGCCCAAUACCGCACUUUUGCACUCUGAUUUGCAUUCAAUAUCACUCGAUUCACUGCUAGGCUCUAGUCUAGGGCCCACACCGGCUCCAUUGAUCACCACAUUUCAGCCAACGCUAACGCCCAUCAGCACUAGCAAUGUGAAUUCCUUUGGAAGUACAAAGUCUGGUUUGAAAAAGCAACGAAGUAAAUAA